AAAUGUCAAAAUUAUACAACCGCGAUAAAGACACGGCGAAGAAGAUUGCAAAGUUCGAUUCGGUUGCUGGCUCCAAAAAAUAUUACUUUUUAUCGGAAAAAGUGUUCCGGGACCGCGUUUCUCACGUGUAAACCCGCGCGGCCAAGUUACUAGACAAGAGUUUUCGAAAAGUGAGAAGAUUCCAGUCCGUUUGAGCUCCCUAGAACGCGGUGAAAAUGUUUACAGUCAAUACACAUCAGCACCAAAUACUGUUUCACCUUACGCAAAUCACUCCGCGGCACAGUAAUUUGGCUUCGUUCAAGAAGCAUCACAAACAUAAUCAGCAGCACGCACAAGGGAAGGAAGCGUCCGCCUGUUUCGGUCAGCCGGAUUUCGUCCCCCGGUUAAAGCGAUCGCUGGUGCAAUUCUAUACCGAUAGCUUCCGGCAGUCGACAACACAUGUAGAACAAUCCAGCUGCACCGGUGCCAGUUUAGGUCCGGGCCAGUCCAGCGCCAGCAAACCGGACACGGCGCAGCUCUACGAACUGAAACUACCUCGUCGCAUCGAAAGGAACCUCCUGAAGCACUACAGCAACAUCCAGGUGGUGGCAAGCGAUCGGGAUGAUGUUCCAUGGAGCAUAAGCCUCACACCGAAGGCGAGUCGGAGUGGACGUGGCAGGGAACCGGAAACAGUACUAUUCAGUGGCUCUCUGGUACAGAAACUGGUCGGAAACUUGCUGGGAAAUAGCAAUGCGGGGGGACUUGCGGCUUCUUUGUUCCAGCAGCAGCAACAGCGAGGAUUCAAGACGGUCCGAUCGAUCAAUGCCGAACAGAAGCGCAACCCGGGACUGUUCACCAGGGUCAAGGAAUCAUUGGCUGCUCCAGCACCGGCACCGAUUUCCCACAAGUACGAACCGGUCCCGUUCAAUGCGCAAACUAUGACGCCGCAGCAGUUCGCCGAACCGUUCCACAAGCUGGUGAGUGACGUCAACGAUCCGAACCUCUCGGAGGAGCAGCGGCAACGCUUGAAGGUGGCCUUCGCCGAGGGCUAUCUGACCGCGACGCACCCGGAGCACGCCAAUCGCUCCGGCAAGGCGAUGCGGUACCUGAAGGUGCUGCAGCAGCUGCUGAUCAUCGCGUUGUUUAUCGGGAUCUUUAUCAGCUUGUUCGUGUCGACCAACGGGUCUGUCUUUAGUAGAAUACAAAUUGGCAACCAGGUCGAGGUGGACCCGGAAGAUAUUUCUGUCACAUUUGAAGAUGUGAAGGGUUGUGACGAAGCUAAGCAGGAGCUGAAAGAAGUGGUUGAAUUUUUGAAAAAUCCAGACAAGUUUAGCAACCUCGGGGGCAAACUACCGAAAGGUGUGCUGCUCGUAGGACCUCCAGGAACGGGUAAAACUUUGCUCGCUCGAGCCGUCGCUGGGGAAGCUGGAGUGCCAUUCUUCCACGCCGCUGGACCGGAGUUCGAUGAAGUCUUGGUUGGUCAGGGAGCAAGGCGUGUUCGUGAUUUGUUCAAGGCAGCUAAGGAACGAGCGCCAUGUGUGGUGUUCAUUGACGAAAUUGAUUCGGUUGGUGCCAAACGUACCAAUUCCGUCCUACAUCCGUACGCCAAUCAAACCAUCAAUCAGCUGCUGUCGGAAAUGGACGGUUUCCAGCAGAACGAGGGUGUCAUCGUGUUGGGUGCCACCAAUCGAAGGGACGACCUGGAUCAGGCAUUGCUUCGACCGGGUCGCUUCGAUGUCGAGGUUGUGGUCCCGACGCCGGAUUUCACCGGCCGAAAGGAAAUCCUCACGUACUAUUUGAGCAAAAUACUUAGCCGGGAAAUAAACGUGGACCAGCUGGCCCGGGGCACCACCGGUUUCACCGGGGCCGAUAUCGAAAAUAUGGUCAAUCAGGCUGCUUUGCGAGCUGCUAUCGACGGAGCCGAAGUCGUCAGCAUGAAACAUCUCGAAAACGCAAGAGACAAAGUGCUCAUGGGACCAGAACGCAAAUCACGUCUUCCCGACGAGGAGGCAAACAAAAUAACGGCUUAUCACGAAGGAGGGCACGCCAUUGUUGCUUACUACACAAAGGAAUCACAUCCGCUUCAUAAGGUAACUAUCAUGCCUCGAGGCCCAUCUCUGGGUCAUACUGCUUACAUACCGGAGAAAGAACGCUAUCACGUUACCAAGCAACAGCUGUUGGCCAUGAUGGACACCAUGAUGGGUGGUCGGGCGGCAGAAGAGUUGAUUUUUGGAGCCGAUAAAAUAACAUCAGGAGCCAGCAGCGACCUGAAGCAGGCUACCUCGAUCGCGUCGCACAUGGUCCGCGAGUGGGGCAUGUCCGAAAAGGUGGGUCUCCGAACGAUCGACACUUCAAGGGGAGCCUUGGGGGGCUCUGGAGAAAUGCUCGGACAAUCGACGGUCGACUCCGUAGACACCGAGAUCAAGAAGAUUUUGAAUGACAGCUACGAACGGGCUAAAACCAUCCUGAAGCAGCACGCCAAGGAACACAAAGCGUUGGCCGAGGCACUGCUGAAGUACGAAACGCUGGACGCCGAGGACAUCAAGGCCAUUCUCGGUGGCGAAAAGAUGCCCGUUGAGGAUCAUUGAACUUUUAAGACCAAACCGGCUAAUGGUAGGUAAAACAACAACAUAAUCUCAACUUGUCUAGAAUUCGAUUGCACGAGCUACGGUUGAGCAGAUAAAUGUAAUAAAUGUUGCGAUGAAAAUAUUCGCAAAUAAAAGUUAUAACGUUUUAAUAUUCAAAUAAACCACGAAUCUAUUGAAACUUAGCUUCCUAAAUUCGGUACACCAGUAACAUCAAACAACUAGAAACGACGUUUAGGAAUUUUCCAAUAGACAUAGCAAAGCUAUUGACUGCUGUUGAAAAUAAUUUAACAAUAAAACUUUAUUUCCACAACGCUUGAUUGUCCAGCUCGUGGCUGCGUUGUCAAACAAGAAAAGUUUGAAGACGAAUGCUUACUAGGGCUAAUAGCUGGGAAUGGGACGAUGGCGUAAAUUUUGGUACAAUUGUGCUGCAGUUAGUUAUUACAUAAGCCUUUCCAUGGAACAUAAUAUAAUGCAAGUAAUUUAAUUGUUGAA